AUGAUGAGAACAUUAGCUUCCCUGGCAUUGCUUGCCGUAGGGGCCACAGCUCAAAUUAUUGAAAGCUCAAGCUUCGGCACUGGCCAAACGAUAUCACCAAACCAAGACUCCAUCCCCGGAUGGGCAAUUGGAGGAGAGGGCCAUGAACCGCACGUUCUAUCAGACAAGCUCAUCUUAACGCCACCGUACCCUGGAAACACAAGGGGAUCAGCUUGGGCACAGAGUCCAGUCUCUCAGUCGGAAUGGUCAGCAGAGCUCCAAUUCCGAGCAAGCGGACCAGAACGAGCAGGUGGAAUCCUGCAGUUAUGGUAUACCAAGGAUGGCCAGUCCCGUAUUGGUACCUCGAGCAUCUAUACUGUCGGCCAAUUUGACGGAUUUGCUUUAGUAAUCGAUACGCAUGGUGGAAGAGGUGGUAGUGUCCGUGGGUUCCUGAACGACGGUACCAUCGAUUACAAAAGCCACAAUAGCCCAGACACCUUAGCCUUUGGCCACUGCGACUACUCCUACCGUAACUUAGGCCGUCCAUCAAUUCUCAAACUCAAGCACACCAGCUCCAUCUUUGAAGUCACCGUUGACGACAAGCUUUGCUUUUCAACUGACAAGGUCGCCCUGCCCGCUGGGAACACUUUCGGCAUCACAGCAGCCACCCCCGAAAACCCAGACUCAUUUGAGAUCUUCAAGUUCAUCCUCGAGUCCGCCGCAGGCCAAGGCUCGACAAUUCCCUCCAACCAAGGCAGCACCCCCCAGCAGCCAAUCCCCGAUCAAAUUCCUAACCAGCCCGCCCAACCCAUCAUCAACUCCGGUACAGAAGCCACCAUGAACGGCUUAGCUGCCCAGAUCGCCGACGUCAGCGGUCGCAUCCAGCUUGCGGGCAAGGCCACCAACACCAUCCUCCAGGAGCUGAAGAACCAGGCCCAGAAGGCCGACCAGCGCCACGCAGAGAUUCUCCAGAAGUCCCUGGCUCAGGACCGCCAGCUCGCCCAGUUCGACACCCGACUCACGCGGGUCGAGCAGCUGCUCCAGGCCCUCCAGACCGACCUCCAGAGCAAGGACUACAGUGGACGCUUCAACCAGCUCCACGAGACGCUGCGCUCUUCCCACCUCAGCUUGAGCGAGAACCUGCAGGGUCACCUGCGGAGUGUCAUUACGGCCUCCAGCCCACGCAUGGGCUUCUUCAUCUUCUUGCUGAUCGCGUUCCAGGUGAUCCUCGCGAUCUCCUACGUCAUCUACAAGCGUCGCCGGGCCAACAUGCCCAAGAAGUUCCUUUAA